AUUAUAAAUAAAGCUGCGUGGAAAGUUGUGAAUGUGAAAUUUAUAUUCCCCAGCAGCCCGCUGUAACGGCAUUAGAGUGAAUUAAGAGUGUCAAAGAUGAAUCCGGGUGGCCGCAGACUGAAACAGUGGCUUAUAGAACAGAUAAACAGUAACAUAUAUAAUGGACUGCUAUGGGAGGAUGAGAAACGCACCAUGUUUCGAAUCCCCUGGAAACAUGCAGGAAAACAAGACUACAACCAAGAGGUGGAUGCCUCCAUCUUCAAAGCGUGGGCGAUAUUUAAAGGGAAGUUUAAGGAGGGAGAUAAAGCUGAACCAGCGACAUGGAAGACCAGAUUGCGCUGUGCACUCAACAAGAGCCCAGAUUUUGAGGAAGUUACUGACCGAUCCCAGCUUGACAUCUCUGAGCCUUACAAAGUGUACCGGAUUGUGCCAGAGGAGGAACAGAAGUUGGGUAAAGGCACACUCCCUGCCCUGUCCUGCUGCAGCACUGACCCCACUGACAUGGACUGCUCACCAGACCUGGAUGAACUUAUUAAAGAGUCUUCAAAUGAUGAAUACAUGGGCAUCCUGAAGCGUAGUCAUUCUCCCCUGGAUGAAGGCAGUAACAUGCUUUCAGUGCAGGAAUGGUGGCAGCAAGGAUCUCACAAUGCUGCUGUUCAUCAGGAUCCUGCAGGCACAUUCAAUGCUGCGUUUUCUCAGAUGAUGAUUUGUUUCUACUAUGGAGGUCGGCUGGUGGGCAGCAUGGUUACCACUCAUCCAGAGGGCUGCCGUAUCUCCCCCUGUCAACCCCCUCUGGCUAAUGGCUUCUUGUAUGGACCGGACAGCCUCCAGAACAUCCGCUUCCCGUCUGUUGAGCUCAUCGAGCACGAGCGCCAGCGUCAUGUCACCCGUAAGCUCUUCAGUCACUUGGAGCGUGGCGUACUGCUACGUGCCAACCGAGAGGGCAUCUUUAUCAAGCGCCUGUGUCAGAGCAGAGUAUUCUGGAGUGGGCAGGACCCUCAGUGCAACCCCAACCCUGGCAAACUAGAGCGAGAUGCUGUGGUGAAGAUCUUCGACACUGCUAGGUUCCUGCAAGCGCUGCAGUUAUAUCAAGAGGGUCAUUAUCAGCCUCCAGAGCCCACAGUCACGCUCUGUUUUGGGGAAGAGUUUAAUGAUUUCAGCACUGUCAAGAGCAAAUUAAUCAUUGUGCAGAUCACAGCGUUGAACUGUCAGCAACUAGUCGAUACAGUGACCGCCCGGCGAUCCCAGUAUAGCAGUGGGAAUUUGGAGAUUUCAGAUGACAUGGCCAGUGAUCAGAUGGCUCGUAUAUAUCAGGAUCUGUGCAGCUACCCGGUUCCCCAACGAGCUUCCUGUUUCAGGGACAACCUGCCAAUUCCAGUCUGAGGCAGAACUCUGAGCCAGUCUCGUCUCAAAGAAUGAGUCAGUUCACAUGUUCACAACCCAAAAUGAUGCUUCUACAAUGACAUUACAUAAAGAAAAUGAUUGGCCUUUAGGUGUGCUAUCUGUGCAUAGCAUCCCUUUCUCUCAGGGCCGAAACUAGCAUCUGACAGAAGGAUUGCAGUGUUCUCAGGGAUGACGUACUCAUUUGUUAGAGGAAAGUGAUUUUUUUUUUUUUUGUUUGUUUGUUUCUUACUCUGUACAUAUUACUGUCUGUUUAUUAUUGAUUUUGUCCUAAACAUUUGAAAUUUCUUUGUUACUGUUUUUUACUUUGCACUGUAAAGUUGAUAGGUUUUACUAUCCUUCAUUUUUCACUUGAUUUUUUUUUUUUUUUUACGCUUAAUGCUAAUAUUUUUUAGAAGUGUAAUGUUGAAUGCAGAUGUUGAAUGAGUUGAAUGCAGAAUAAAUGUCAAAUGAGAAAUCUAUGAAUAAUUAAAGAAAUUACUUUGAUAA